UGUUUAGCUUUAGCGAAAUACCGCUUUCUCUACAUUCUUUCUCGAACAUGGAAGCGAGAUUUUCGCACAUACUUCCGAAUUUGCAAAGCCCUGCCGAUUUUUAUUAAAAUCAAAUUAAGUCAGAAACCAGUAUAUUAUUACUUGGAUGAGCUGGCAAGAAAACAUCCCCAAAAAACAGCAUACAUUUUUGAAGAUGAAGCGUGGACGUUUUCUGCUGUAAAGGAAUUCUCCGACAAGAUUGCGAUAUACUUUGAACGGGAAGGUUACUGCAAAGGUGAUUCGGUCGCGUUACUUUUAAACAAUUGUCCAGAAUAUGUCUGUAUAUGGUUGGGCUUAUCCAGAAUUGGCGUCGUCGCCGCUUUAAUCAAUACGAAUUUAGCAAACGAUCCUCUGAUACACUCACUAAACGUGGCAAAAUGCAAAGCAGUCAUAUUUGGAGAAAAUUUUUGCGAAAGUGUCAGCUCGUGCGUCGAGAGGCGCUUGAACAUAAAAUGUUAUCAAUACAAUCGAAAGUCGCAAACAACUCAAAUUACCGAAAAUUGUACUGAUCUUGCUAAAUCCCUUGACAGUGUCUCUCCAGAUGAACGCUUAAGCAACUAUAACAUUACCUCUACCGAUCCACUUCUUUACCUGUACACAUCUGGCACAACUGGUCUACCAAAAGCUGCUGUAAUAAAUCACAACAGAAUGAUUUUAGUGAAAUCUUUCAUCGCACUUCUCAUAUCCAACCCGGAGAAUGUAAUUUUAUAUUGUCCACUACCGUUACACCAUGGAGGUGGUGGACUAAUGGGUUGUGGUCAUGCACUACUUUGGGGAGCGACGGUGGUAAAUAAAACUAAAUUCUCAGCAUCGAACUACUGGAAGGACUGUGCUAAAUAUAAAUGCAACGUUGCUCAAUACAUUGGCGAGAUGUGCAGGUACAUUCUCUCCAGUUGCCCCGAAGAUAACAUAAAGCAUCCGGUGAAAGUUAUGUUUGGCAAUGGCUUAAAGCCCAACAUCUGGAAAGUGUUUCAACAGAAAUAUAAGAUUAGCCAAGUCUUCGAAUGGUAUGCGUGCAGCGAAGGAAAUUUGUGUUUACUAAACCUUGACAACAAAGUUGGUAGCGUUGGUCAUAUACCGCCCUACUUGCAGAAGUACUCUUCGUUGCAACUUGUUCGCUAUUCCGAAGAAUCGAGUGAACCAAUACGAAAUGUAGACGGGUUUUGUAUGAAGGUCGGCGAAAAUGAACCUGGUUUGGCAAUUGGGGCUAUCGCUGUAAAUAAAAGGUUCGAACCCUUGGAAUAUACAGGUUACGUAGACGCGCACGAAACGAAGAAGAAAAUAUUGCACGAUGUUUUUGUAAAGGGUGAUGAGUACUUCAACUCAGGUGACGUUAUGUCUCGUGACGAGAUAGGCUAUUAUUACUUCGUCGAUAGAUUGGGAGAUACUUUCAGGUGGAAAGGUGAAAAUGUAUCAACAAAUGAAGUGGAAACGGUGAUUAGUAAUUUGAUUGGUUUCAAAGAUGUCAUGGCUUACGGAGUUGAGAUUCCGGGUACGGAAGGGCGAGCAGGAAUGAUCUCAAUAGUGCAUGAUCACACUUCCAUGGAUAUGGAUUUUCUGCUCAGCAGUUGUAAGAGAAACUUGCCCUCGUAUGCAAUUCCCAUAUUCGUACGGUUUGUCAAAUCUUCAUCCUUAACAUCGACCUACAAACUGAAAAAGUUUAAUCUGAAAAGUGAGGGAUUUAACAUUAACGUUGUGACUGAUACUAUUUACAUUUGUAAUCCAGCGGUUGGCAAAUAUGAAGUGUUAACUCCGAAGCUUUAUUCAGAAAUUAACAAUGGUACAAUAAGAUUAUAAAUUUGUUCUUGAAAACCAACUAGUGUUAUAAAUUUGUGAUGCAAAAUUACAAUAAACAAAUUAUUUGAUUUAUUUAA